AUGUCUUUUAGUCCUAGAACGUUGGGUACCAAGGGAGCUAAUACGAUUCUUUCGGAGUUAAAAUGGAGUUCUGCUCCUAUUGGCGGUGGAGAAAGGAGAUGGGCUCAAGUUGUUCUGGAAAAAGAGUUUAGGAAUUGUACGCGUGAACUUGGAGGUUAUGAUGUGCAGACAGUUGCUAUAGCUGGUCAGCUGGAUUGCAAUGGAUCGCCAGCACGCGGCGGCUGGGUGGAAUUACGCGAUAAAGGAGACAUCGAAUUGCUGGAUAGAGAAGAAAGCAAGAUUAUCUAUCAAAAGUAUUCUGAAAGAAAUUUCCCUAUGCGCAGUGACUUUGUGACAUUAUGCGAAUCACAUUACUCAAAAAGCUCUUUGGCGAGAAAGGCGAAGCAAAAAGGCUGCAAACAGCCGAACCAGACCAAAAUGGGAGAUUCUAUGUAUUUGGCCGCAAAACCAGUGGCGGCUCCGAAAAUGAAUCCGGAGCUCGUAAUACACUAUCAAUGUCACUCGAAUAAGGAGGACAGACGUCGGCAAACGGCAGUGAUUGACAGAAUGCAGAAAUACGUCAGAAGAGGGAUAGAGCGUCCUGUGCCUGUGCAGCUGAUCAAUCUUGGAACAAUCAAGCUUGCAGAAUUUGCAAAAUUGAACCGUAACUACUAG